AUGUCGUCUCUUCAAGAAAUCACCUCCGAGUCUGCAUUCAGCGAGCAUCUAUCCUCCCUUCCUCCUUCGACGCUUCUCGUGCUUUCAUUCCACACUCCCUGGGCGGCACCAUGUACGCAAAUGCGCACCAUCCUCAACACUCUUGCCGGAGGAUACCCGGUCACAUCACCACCCACAGUCUCCUUCGUCAGUGUUAAUGCAGAAGAACUCCCGGAUAUAUCAGAGGAAUACGAUGUGACUGCAGUGCCUUUCCUGGUUCUCAUCCGUAACAAGAAGGUUCUCGAGUCCAUUAGCGGCAGCGAUGCCAUCAAGGUCCGCGACGCUAUCGAGCGCCACGCCGGUCAAGGCUCGGCAUCCACGUCUGCUGUGCCGGGCUCGAAACCAACCAUCCCUCCAAUCUUGAAUGCGACGCCACGCGAGCCAGUGACCUCCGGUGCAGCAACAGAAAACCCAGCGGGCACGUCCACGUCCGCGGCGGUACCAGCACCCGCGCCCCCAGCUGUGUCGGCCGAGGAAACCAAGGAAGCAUUGUUUGCACGUCUGGCCGAACUCGUCAAAGCCGCUCCUGUUAUGCUUUUCAUGAAGGGCACCCCCAGCUCGCCUCAGUGCGGCUUUAGUCGCCAACUCGUGGGAAUUCUGCGCGAGAAUGGCGUUAAAUAUGGGUUCUUCAAUAUUCUCGCAGAUGAAGACGUGCGUCAAGGCCUGAAAGAGUUUGCUGACUGGCCUACAUUCCCUCAGUUGUGGGUUCAGGGUGAGCUUGUAGGGGGAUUGGACAUUGUCAAAGAGGAACUUAGCGCAGAUCCUGAUUUCUUGAAAGGUUAUGCCGUCCAACGGCCUUCGGCGGCUACAGCGUAG